GCUGUUUGAAAUGGCGGCCGCCGACUAGAGCGGGAGGGUUGGGAUUAGAACGCCGCGGGGGGCGCGCGGCGGAGGUUGCCAUGGCGACGAAGCAGCUGGCCAGACAGCUAGGCAUUAUUCGAAGUGUUUCUAAACCCUCUCCCAGUGGCCGAAGUUACAAUCAACCCAAGCUGCGGCAGCUGUUUGACUACUUAAUAAUUAUUGACUUUGAGUCUACCUGCUGGAAGGAUGUCCGAAAAUAUCAAGAAAUAAUUGAAUUUCCAGCAGUUCUCUUAAACACCUCAAAUGGAGAAAUUGAGACAGAAUUUCAUAUGUACAUCCAGCCCCAGGAGCAUCCAACUCUCUCUGAAUUUUGUAUUGAGCUAACUGGAAUAAAACAGAAUCAAGUUGACGAAGGAGUUCCUCUACAUAUAUGCCUAUCCCAAUUUUCUAAGUGGAUUCAAAAGAUCCAAAAGGAGAAAAACAUUGGUUUUGGUUCAGCUUGUGCUGCUCCUGAAGAAAAAUUAUGUGCCUUUGUUACAUGGUCAGACUGGGACCUGGGAAUUUGUUUGCACUAUGAAUGUAAAAGAAAACAGCUACGGAAGCCUGAUAUUUUAAAUUCUUGGAUUGACCUACGGGCAACAUACAAGAGCUUUUACUCUAGGAAGCCACAAGGUUUAAAUGGUGCUUUGAAUGAUGUGGGUAUCACUUUUGAAGGACGGGAGCACUCUGGACUGGAUGAUUCUCGGAAUACAGCUCGCCUUGCUUGGAAGAUGAUUCGUGAUGGGUGUGUAAUGAAAAUCACUAAAUCGUUAGAUAAGGCACCUCCUGUAAAGAAUUCCAUUGCCAGAUUUUGGGAUGAGAAACCUACCAAUGGUUCCCCUUUGGAAAUCAACCAUCUUGUCAAAGCAUCGCGUGAAAAUGAAGUUGCUACAGAAAUCAAAAAGGAAGAGGAAGAUCCACAGCAAGAGAUGGUUGACGUAGGCUUGCAUGAGGACACUCCUCUUGCGUCUAGAAAUAACAAAAAGACCAAUGAACAUUGCAGCAACAAACAGAACCUAACCUCAUCCAUAGGAAGACUCCAUUGGCCUCUUGGCUAUUUUCAGCAUCCCUGCAAUAAACCUUCAGGCCUUCAGAGUUGGGGAGACAACGGGCAUCUAAUUUCAAACCCGUCAAUGCAUAAUCAAAAGCUAGUUUUGGUCCCCACAACUCUUUCCACCAUCAAUAUUUCUGUGACAGACAUCAGUACCACUGCAGACUGUCUAUCUUUGUUGGCUGACUGGGAGGACGUAGCAAUAAUACCAGAAAGGGAGGAUGACCCAAAUUCAGAAUCCUUGCCAUCACAGGAUAAUCCCCCACCUAAGAGCUCGUUAGUGACUGAAGAGAGAGAGGAUAGGAACAAAUCGAAUGGGAUGAAUUGGGGAGCUGAAAAUGUAGUAGACACUUCUCUGAGCACGGAGCUCUCAAAAUCCGUUGUAUAUAAGAGUCCAAGUAAGACUAUUUAUAAUGCAGGCAGAGCUCCAAAUGAAUUUUCAGAUGCUUCUACUUUUAAGCUCCCUGUUGUAAUGUCAGAUGCUUCUUUCACUGACCCAUCAAAUAGAAAUCCUCUUGCGUGUUCAACUGAAGCCAUCAAAAGGAAGCCCUCCAGCCCCAAAUCUUUUCCUCCAACCAAAAAGCCACCUUUCAGAAUACAUGAGGAUGGAAGCUCAAUGUUGGGCAGUUUCCUGCUGCCCAAGGUGAAUCCGUGCGGCGUCUCACCUGCUCCUUUGAGUUCUUCCAGCAAUUUCAACCAAUCUUUAAGGGCAGCAGAAACCGGGAGAAUGACCCCUCCACUGUGCCAAUGUGGUCGAAGAGCUAGAAAGCUAAAUGUUUCAAAUGGUGGCCCUAAUCAGGGCAAAGCAUUUUAUAGCUGUCCAGUUAGGAAACGUGAAGGGAACAGAAAGGGCUGCAGCUAUUUUCGAUGGGAACAUUCGCUUUUAAAGGAGAAAGUUGCUCUUCCUACUUCGGCUUCAGGGGCUGUUGGCUUAAAGCCUUUGAGAACACGGUGCGCCUCCCUGGGCAACGUUAAGCCAAAGUGCCUGGGUCUCCGGCCCUCCAUGAGAACGUAGGCC